AUGGAUCACAGUAGUGAGCCUACCACUGAGACUGCCAUGGAUCUCAAUAAGGAGCCUACUACUGAGCCUAGCAUGGAUCUCAACAGUGAAUCUAGCACUGAGCCUGCCAUGGAUUUCGAUAACGAACCUAGCAACCUGCCCACCAUGGAUAACGACAGUGAACCUGGCGCUGAAUUCGCCAUGAAUCAGAGCAGUCAACAUAGCAUCUUGACUGAUAUGGAUCUCAACGGUGAAUCAAGCACUGAGGCUGAUAUGGAUCUGGAAAAGGAACCCAGCGCUGAGCCUAGCGUGGACCACAACAAUGACCCUAGCACCUUGGCUAGCAUAGACCUCAAUGGCGGACUUUGCACUGAUUCUAAAAUGGAUCUAAUUAAGGAACCUAACACCGAGCCAAGCAUAGAUCUCAAUAAGGACCCCAACAUUGAGGCUAGCGUGGAUUACAACAGUGAAUCUAGCACCUUGAAUGGUAUGGACCUCAUUGAUGAAUCUAGCACUGAGCCUGCCAUGGAUGACAGCAACGGACUUAGCACUGAGCCUAGUAUGGAGACAUGCAACAAACCUACCACCUCGUCCAACAGGGAAGCAGACAAGGAGCCCAACAGCACGACUGAAACAGGGCCCGAGCUGCUUGAUAUCAAGGACAAGUUUCUGAAACCGCAUGCUGCGCCUUCAAUCGAUAGGAGAGCCAAGCUGGCAGCUGCUCAAAACCAGCUGGCCCAGAACAAUAAGCCGAUUCCCGCGAAAACAACCCAGAUUACCGAGACAGUCAAUAACCCUGGCUUUGAGAAUACGCCAAGGAUGGAAAGCAGUGUGACGACCCCAGAAACAGCGCCAUCACCUCAAGCAGUCAAACACGAUGAAAUGGCAACCACACCAACCAUGGAAUCCAUCAUGUCCGAAUGGUGA